AUGUUGCCCUCAAAAUCCCUUGCUUCAAAAGAGGAAAAUUCAGCUCCAGGUCACAAAAAACGGAAGGAACGAUUAACCAUUUUAGCAUGCGCCAAUGCAUCUGGAAAUCAUAAAAUGAAACUGACUGUGAUUGGCAAAUCUGCCAAACCUAGAGCCUUAAAAAACAUCACUAAAGAAGCCUUACCAGUACAUUACACAAAUCAGAAAAAUAACGCUCCAUCUCAUCCGGACGAUGAUGAGCUACGUUGUGGUGAAAUCCGUGCUAUAUAUUUUCCUGCCAAUGUUACAAGUCAGUCUGAUGAUGAAAGUGUUGCGGAUGUUUUGAGGAAUGUAAGUCUGAGAGAUGUUGUCUACUGGAUAGCAGAUUCUUGGGAAGAAGUUCAACCUACGACAGUAAUUAAAUCGUGGACUAAGUUUCUACCUGAAUUGGUAACGCCUAUUGAGAAAAUUAAUGAUGAUGAUAGUGAAACAAUUGCUUUGAAAGAUUUGAUGAAGAAAUUGCCAGGCUGCGAAAACUCUAAUGCAGUUAAUCUAAAUGAAUGGCUAAAUAGUGACGACAAGCUGGAAAUAACAGACUCAAGUAUUAUAGAAAUGACAGAAGAUGAGGAAGAAUAUGAAACAGAAAUAAACGACUCUUCGUUAUCAGAAAAAAAAAUAUCUCAUAGUGAAGGUUCUGCAGCCUUAGAACUAGCCUUAAAAUAUGUAGAACAGCAAACUGAAGCCACCCCUGCAGAUGUUUUGCUUUUGAAGCGUUGGCUGACUAUCGCAUCAACAAAGAGAAGUAAUAUACUGAAGCAACAAAAAAUUGACAAUUUUUUUAAAUUGUAA